UAUGGGCAAAAAGGAAAAGGGAAAGCAAAAUCCAUUAGGUGAAGUGAGCAGAGAUUAUACUAUUAAUCUUCAUAAAGCUGUUCAUAAAGAAACAUUCAAGAGAAAGGCUCCUCGUGCUGUUAGUCAUAUUAUUAGAUUUGGUAGCUUAGUGAAAAUUAAUAAAAUAGCAUAAAAAAAUAUGUUGACAGAAGAUGUUAGAGUUGAUCCAUAAUUGAAUGAAGCAGUUUGGAAGACAGGUAUCCGCAAUUUGCCAAGAAGAAUUAGAGUCAGGUAUAAACAUUUGAUUUAUCAUAUGCAGACUUUAAAGAAAGAAGAAGGAAGAAGAUGAUGGAAAAGGAAAAUACUAUACUCUUGCAUAGUAUGUUCCAGUUGAUACAUUCGCAAACCUUAAAACAGAAAUCACAAAAGUUUAAUGAU